AUGGCCUCCCGAGGGCGCGACAGGCUGAUUCUGCGAGAAGAUAUCGUUAGCGACGACAAGAACAAAAUCGCUCUCAUCAACCAUGCCCAAGAAUACGCUUGGGUUCUGGUUCACCAACUAGGACAGACUGGCGCAAGCUCCAAGAAGCUUUUGAAGAAGUUCUACGCCGAAAUAUUCCUCCAUUGGUCAACUUCUCAAAGGAGAAAUCCUAGCCCACCAUCCACUUAUCGCAAAGACGUGCAGACUCUUGUAGGGUCCAUAAAGGGGACUUGUCCGAAAGAAGCUGUCGACAGUACCACGCAAAAGUGUGGCGAACCUGUUUACUUAGUUUUAGAAGUCGAUGCGCGCUCCGAGUCCAUAGAAUGGACUUGGUUCAGCGGUCAAGGACUGGCUCUUGGUCUGGAGCUUGUUGAAUUCGAGCCAGGUCUCACCGUCACUCAAGCCAAGAUCAAUGCUAUUCACAACUACGACAACCAUGAGCGACAACGAAUCACUUCCUACAACAUUCAACGUAUCAUCUGUGCUACUCGUCGGGUACUAGUCAAGUGGGCAGCUCGUGGAAGUGAGAGUCCGCCCAAGAUCGAGCCAGGAGACAGGGUCACCAAAAUCCAGACACUUGUACUUGCAUCGGACCUUGCCCGUUCUACGGCCGCCACGUACUCUCAGAUUGUUGAAGGCAUGAAUAGGGAAAGCGAUGGAGGAACUGACGACCUUGACUCUGACUGA